UGCUCGGUUCCUGCGGCAGGGACAGGCGGGGCACCUCCAAGGCGGCUGUCCCGCACAGAGGCCAGGCUGGCUAAGGCGGCAGAGGUAGGGCGCCUGGGAGAGGCAGCCCUGCCGUGCGACCGGGGGGGUGAAGACCAAGCGCCAAGGACUCUUUCUGGGUGGUAUCCAAAGAUAGCAGGGAGAAAACUGAUCUUCCUGCCUCCCUAAAGCCGUUGCUUUCCCCCAACACGCACACACACACAAGCCCCAAAUUCCACUAUGAACCUUCACAAUGGUGACUUUUGUGCCGCCAGCAGAGAAACCGAAGUCCUGCUGGGUUGAGGUCUGUAACUUAACACACGUUGGUUGCGUCAGUUCGCAAUUAUAGCAUCAGGGUUGCUAUUACAAAAUAUGUUAGAUGCAAAAUACUUGGAUUAAUGCCCCCCUUCCCCUCCUUCUCUGUACUGAAACUUAUCGGUGUUACUCCAACCUUUGCCUGUGAAACAGCUUCGCAACCGCCAACAUUGUCCAGAUAAAAUGAAAAAGCCACUGAAGGCUCCGAGUCUCGGAGCGACACGUUACGGGCGCUCAAGGGAGCGAGGGGGAAGCCCACGGAAAUUGUUUUUAACGGCAGGUAAUACCGUGGGAAAACCGGAUGACCCGGGCUGCAUGGAAACGUGCUAAAAUGCCCUUUUUCUUUCUCUUUUUCAAUUUUUUUCCCCCUCCUCAGCAAAACAAGAGAGAGGUUUUGAAAAUAUAAAGUGUUGGAAUUGACAUCUAGUCCAGUGCUUGCACAUUUAUUAAUUCUGCCGUGGUGGGAGGAAAGGGAAAAAAGUGUAAUUAGGCAGGAGCAGGUGAAAGAUUCCAGACGAUGAAAUACAACAGGCUAAACGGGAUAAUGUAUUCACCAUUAAAGAACUGACAUUUACUACCAAAAGGAGACCCGUUACGUUUGAAUAUGAAAAGGAGCAGAUAUUAAGCUACAUAAAUUACCUUCUUCACAUGGCUUGAAUCUUAUUUUAAAAACUUUUUUUUUUUCUAAUAACCAACAGAUCGGUGUUUGAGAGGAAAAAUCAUUCCUGCUAAAAUACCACCAAGCAAACGAUGAGCCUUUAGCAUGCUCCAAAGGCAUGAUCUCCAAAGCAAUCGAUCACAGUAAAAAGUGUGGAAAGGGGGUUUCAAAUCACUGAAGCCAAAAGGGCCUUUUAACGUAUUUUUAGUGUCACGAGAUCAGGACGGGUAAUUCAUCUCACGAACGCACCACACACAUGUCUCUCCCGUACAAAUUCCACCCCUUAAAAUGAUUUCAGCGUGAUUCUUUUCGCUGAACUGUUAUUAACGCUAAUGACGCUUCAGAGGUAUGGGCUACACAUCGAAUGAAGAGGGUUGUAUUUCGAAUAUCUGAAGUAUUGGUAAAAUGGAAAACUGUGAAACAAUGUAUACAAAUUUCACCCCUGUUUAAAGUAUGAAAAGAAAGUCUUCAUUCUUCAAAUGUAAGAGAAUUGAAAUUAAAAUUUAAAAAAUAAAUAACCAAGCCCUCACUCUCUGUUCCCUUUGAGUUCCCGUUAAAGUCUUAUUCUGAUUAGAGCCCAAAUGUUAUUUCAGAUAGUUACACAAAGGCAAAUCAAAUCUUCACAGCAGAACCGGCCAAGCAGUUAAGGGAUCAUUCAUUUUGUUCAUCUUUUUCUCUCUCCCCACCCCCCGCUUUUUUUUUUCUUUUGACACACCUGACAUACCACGGAAUCCACUCUAAAGCAGACUAGCAACAAAAUUGUGCCCUCUCCUUCUCAAAUGAGUAAAGAGAUAAAGCAAGGAUCCCCUCUCUGUAUCACAUCCCACAUCACGGAAAGAUUACCUGAAGGGGCGAGUUACAGACCCCGUUCAGAGAAACGCGCCCGUGUUUACAAACAGCAGAGGCAGCGGGCGCUUCUUUUGCACAGAGGGAGGAAAGCCCUUGGUGGUUGAUUAAUAAAAAGGAGCUUUGGAGGACUCGUCAAACCCUUGUCAACCGGAGGAAUGCAAUCUCUUCAGAAGCGUUUGGUCAGGCAGGCAGCCGGCUGCAGGCAGGGUGGUGCAAGGGCACCCCACCACACACACGCACGCACUUUCCUAGCCGUCCCCCCGCGGGCGUGGGGGGUGGAAGGCAGCUGGGGUAGCUGGGGUGAGCUUCUGGCCGGGGCGGACAGGGAGCGAGCCGGCACACCGGCAUGGAGCCGGCCCACGGACACGGAGCCGGCCCGCCGACACGAGCGGCAGCCUGGAGGGAAUGGGUGGAGAGAGCACCACCGGAACGUGUGGAGAAAAUAGUCCGAGGAACUUACACACGCACACAACAACAACAACAACAAAAGAAUAAUAAUAGUAAAAAAGAAGAAGAGAAGUAACAUUCAUGGAGAAAACACGCGUGGCAGAGCGCGGGGUGCGCGCGUGGGUGGAAGGAGCUCCGGGGGAAUCUCCAUGCACACACAUACAUGUGUACACACACACACACACACACAUAUAUAUAUAUAUAUUGGUGAGGGCAUGCACAUGGUGCGUGUGCCUGGGAUGUGUGUGCGAGGGCGACCGCGCGUACAACUUGUUGCAGAUCCCCGUGGAACAAGGAACUGGGAGCGUGGGAGCCUCUUUGCAAAGGUUUUAUUUUCUUAAUACUCUUUCUGCGUUUGGAAGUUGCUUUCUCCGCUGCGAUUACUUUUUUUUUUCCUCCGCCGUUUUCUUUUUUAAAACAUUUUCCCCCUUUUUUGUCCCCCUCCUUUUUCCCCCCCCUUUUUUGAUUUUUCCCCCCCUCCGCGUGGAGCGCCGGAGGUCGCCGGUGGGCUUUCCUGGGCGAAGAAGAGGAGGCUUUCGGCGCUGCCGUCGUUAUUCUUCCUCCCUUUUUCCGCGCUCCGCCGGGGGGGUGGGGGGGUGGGGGUUGCCCGGCCGCCCGGUCCAGCUCGGUCCGCGGAGCGGCGGAGGGGUGGAGGGGGAAGGGACGCGCUGUUUGGUCCGGCGGGGAGGGUGGGGGAAAGCUGACGGGAGGACAUGCAGGCUCGCUACUCCGUGUCCAGUCCCAACUCCCUAGGAGUGGUGCCGUACCUCGGCGGAGAGCAGAGCUACUACCGUGCCGCUGCGGCGGCGGCCGGCGGGGGCUACACGGCCAUGCCGGCCCCGAUGAGCAUGUACUCCCACCCGGCCCACGAGCAGUACCCAGCCGGCAUGGCCCGAGCCUACGGGCCCUACACGCCACCGCCGCAGCCCAAGGAUAUGGUGAAGCCGCCCUACAGCUACAUCGCCCUCAUCACCAUGGCCAUCCAGAACGCUCCCGAUAAGAAGAUCACCUUGAACGGGAUCUACCAGUUCAUCAUGGAGCGGUUCCCUUUCUACCGGGACAACAAGCAGGGCUGGCAGAACAGCAUCCGCCACAACCUCUCCCUCAACGAGUGCUUCGUCAAGGUGCCCCGCGACGACAAGAAGCCCGGCAAGGGCAGCUACUGGACCCUCGACCCCGACUCCUACAACAUGUUCGAGAACGGCAGCUUCCUCCGCCGCCGCCGCCGCUUCAAAAAGAAGGACGCCGUCAAGGACAAGGAGGAGAAGGACCGCCUGCACCUCAAGGACCAUGCCCCGCCGCGCCCGCCACCGCCCGCCGCCGCCGCCGAGCCCGAGGGCGGCCCCGCCGGGGGCAGCGCCGCGCCGCCGCCGCCGCCCGUCCGCAUCCAGGACAUCAAGACGGAGAACGGCACGGCCUCGCCGCCGCAGGCCGUGUCCCCCCCCGGCGCCGCGCCGCCGCUCGGCGCCGUGCCCAAGAUCGAGAGCCCCGACAGCAGCAGCAGCCUCUCCAGCGGCGGCAGCCCCCGCAGCACCCUCCCCUCCAGCCGCUCCCUCAGCCUGGAGGCCCCCGAGCCCCCGCCGCCGCCACCGCCGCCCCCGCCGCCGCCCCACCACCACGGCCCGGGCUUCAGCGUGGACAACAUCAUGACCUCGCUGCGGGGCUCGCCGCAGGCCGCCGCCGAGCUGGGCGCCGGCCUCCUGGCCCCCGCCGCCGCCGCUCCGCGCACCGGCAUCCCGCCCGCCCUGUCCCUCGGGGGAUACUCGCCGGGACACAGCUCCGUCUACGGCUCGCCCUGCGGCCAGGCGGCCGCCGGCGCCGCCGCCGGCACCUACCACUGCAACAUGCAGGCCAUGAGCCUCUACGCGGCGGCGGGCGGCGCCGACCGGCCCGGCCACCUGCCCUCCGCGGCCUCCAGCCCCGCCGAGGACCCGCUGCCCGAGUACGCGAUGCCCUCGGGCGGCGGCGGCGGCGGCGGUGGGGCGGGGGGCGGCGGCGGCGGGGCGCUGGGGCACGGCGGGCUGGGCGGCGCGGCGGGCGGCCACCAGGAGGGGCACCACCCGCACCCGCACCAGGGCCGCCUGGCCUCCUGGUACCUCAACCAGGCGGCGGCGGCGGCGGCGGCUGCGGCGGCGGCGGCGGGGGAGCUGGGCCCGCUGGCGGGCGCGGCGAGCUACGCGGGGCCGCAGCAGGGCUUCGCCGCCGCCCCGCGAGAGGUCUUCGAAGCGCCGCGGCUGGGGCUGAGCGCCUCGCCGGGCGGCGGCGGCGGCGGAGGAGGCACCGGGGCAGGGGGCGGCGGCGGCGGCGGGGCGGGGGGCGGCGGGAGCUGUCAGAUGGCCUUCCCCGGCAGCCAGCCGCUCUACCGCACCUCCGGGGCCUUCGUCUACGACUGUGGCAAGUUCUGAGCGCGCCCCGUCGCGGGGACACCGCGGGAACUCAGCUCCGCUCGGCACCGUGCCGUCGGCCCUCGCAGCGCCCGCGGAGGGAAGCGAGCGCAUCGCGAAAAGCUUUUGUACAGAGACAGCCCCAAAGCAUGUCUUGGUUUGUUAAAGGACAGUGUUACUCCAAUAACACGUAAGUUUUUUUUUUCCUAAUUGCUUUGAGAAAUACUUUUUUUUUCCUGCCCCCUACCCCGCGCUCUUCCCCGUCCCUUAAGGUAUUGUCAUGCCCCGUGUUUAAAAGGGAGCGAAAAGUCCAGCGUAGAGUACCAGCUUCUUUCCCCCUCCCCUUCCUCUUCUACAAGGACUUGUUUUAAAAUGUAAAUUGCGACAUAGUAAUUUAUUUUUAAUUUGUAGUUGGAUGUUGCGGACCAAACGCCAGAAAGUGUUUCCCCCUUUCCUGAAAAGUGACGUUAUAAUUGACUGAAACGCUGAUUUUUUUUUUUUCACUAUAUAUAAAAAGGGAAACUGUAUUAAUCUUAUUCUAUCAAUAUUUUUCUUUUUUUUUUUUUGUUGAAAAUAUUCUGAAGGUAUUGCAUUGUUUGUUUAUUAAUAAAUUACCAUUCAGUUGGAAUGAUCCUUUACACGUCUGUAUAUUUUAAUGCUUUCAUUUAGAAGAGACAGAGAGAAAGAAAGAGAGGGAAAAGGGAUUUCAUAACUAACUUUGUCCCUGGAACAGCUUGUUCCCCUCCGCACAAAUUCCAAAGAC